AUGGCGACCAUCGCCGACGAACUGCUGAACGACUUUGGCGAUUCGGACGAGGAGAAUGAAAACGAAAAUGGUCACGRGUUUGCAUUGAACGGUGGAGAGGGAAAUGACGACGGACUGCCGGAGACGGGAGGAGGAGUUGAUGGACAUGGCGAGGGCAAGACGGACAUGGAGCUGGACGAUGACGAAGAACCGGCAGAGGAUGAGGAUGAUAAUGAUAAUGCGCCGGCCCAUCUCAAGACAGACGCCGCCGAGGAUGCGGAAGAGGCCAAGGCGCGGGUGGAGAAGAUGGCGCUGCACAAGGUGGCCGAUGUGCGCACCGUCGCGGGUCUGAUGAGGCAGUUGGAACCAUUGCUGGAGAAAAUCGCACAUUACCAAUCGUUGGCACCUGGCCAGGCAACACGAAAUAUUGGUAACAUCGAGGACAAUCCGGAAUAUCAACUCCUCACCCAAUCCAACACCCUCUCUACGGGAAUUGACAACGAAAUCAUUCUCGUGCACAAAUUUAUUCGCGAUCACUACUCCACUCGAUUCCCGGAACUCGAAAUCCUUAUCCAGAACCCGCUCGACUAUGCCCGCGCCGUGGCCAUCAUUGGAAAUGGGCCGAUGGAGAACAUCCGCGAGCUCAGCGAGAGAACAGACAAUAUUGUCGGACAAUCACUCAAGCAAGUCUUGGACGGUCCCUCAUUGAUGGUCGUUACCGUCGAAGCAACAACCACCAAGGGUGAAGAACUUCCAGAGUCCGAGCUUGCUACCAUUCAAAGCGCUUGCAAAAUGAUCCUCAAGCUCGACCACGCAAAGAAGGUGCUGACCGAAUACGUUCAAUCACGAAUGUCAAUGUUUGCGCCCAAUCUCACCGCUCUCAUUGGCUCUCUGACAGCCGCACAAUUGAUCAACUAUUCGGGUGGUGUCGCCGGACUGGCAAAGACUCCCUCCUGCAACAUUCCGCCAUUGGGUAACAAGAAGUCUGCCCGUGGUAUCGGUAUGGCCACCAAUGCCGGAGUCCGCAAUCAAGGAGUCAUCUAUCACAACGACAUCAUUCGCGCUGUUCCCUCGGACCUCAAAGUCCAGGCAAUGCGCAUCCUAUCCGCGAAAGUAGUGCUCGCGGCCCGCAUUGAUGCCGCUCACGAGUCGCCGUCUGGUGAACAAGGGUUACUACUAGGUGAUCAAGUCGAGAAGAGGAUUGGCAAAUUAUCCGAGGCCGCUCCCAACAAAGGCGUCAAAGCUCUUCCAGCUCCAGACGAGAAGCCUUCAAGAAAAAGAGGUGGACGCCGAGUUCGGAAGAUGAAGGAAGCCACUGCGAUGACUGACUUGCGGAAAGCGCAGAAUCGAAUGGUAUUUGGCAAGGAGGAAGCUGAAGUAGGCUACGGUACUGGAGACGGUACGAAAGGUUUGGGAAUGAUCGGCGCCCAAAACGAUGGAAGGAUCCGAGCACAGCAAAUCGAUCAGCGGACCAAGGCGAAAUUAUCCAAGAAGAAUCCUGGCUGGGGUGGUGCAACGAGUGCCAAUGCAAAUGUAGGUGGUACUGCGACAGGCUUCGGUGGUGGGGGCUUGAGCACACCCGGACAAUUGAAAGCCAUGGGCCUACGAGCUUCCGGUGUAGGCGGAAGUGGAAUGAAGACAAAUGUUGGCGGGGCUGGCGGAACCGCGAGUACAAUUGCUUUCACUCCCGUGCAGGGAUUGGAGCUGGUGGACCCGAGAGUGAGAGAGGAAAUGCAAAGGAAGAGAAAGGCGGACGAGGAUCGAUGGUUCAAGAGUGGGACAUUCACCCAAUUGGGUGGUGCAGGAAGCAUGGGUCCGCCAGGUAAGGUGGAUGGCGGUUUCAAGGUGCCUACUUUGCCGGCCAGCAAGAAGGCUAAGAAGGAUGGUUGA